GCCCUGGAAGUGUUUGUAAAGUCAUAGGGGAAAGGUUGUAUGUACGUUUUGGGAAAGUGAGCUGCAAUUAAGAGUUUGGAUCUUAUCAUGGGUUCCUCAAAGAAACAUAAAGAAAAGGACCGAUCGAAAGACCAGUCUGAGCGACAUCGGGAGCAUAAGAAGCAUAAACACCGGGAGAAGGACCGGGAGCGCAGAAAACGGUCCCGUAGCAAAUCAAGUGAACGGCAACGGGAAAAGAAAAGAAAUUCUGAAAAAGACAGUCGCAGAGCAGUUAAUGAAGUCGAGAAAAAGAUAAAAAAAGAGAAACCUGACAGUGGAUAUGAGGAAGCUUCCGGAUCCCGAUCUGCAGCUGGUGAUACCUCUCUAAGUAUUGAGGAGACAAAUAAAUUGAGAGCAAAACUUGGUUUAAAGCCCCUAGAAGUAAAUGAAGUUAAAAAGGAGGUAGGCACCAAAGAAGAUCCAAAAGUAGCUCAAACAAUCAAUCCUGUCAUCCUGAAACAGCAGGAAGAAUUGCGUGAAAAACUAGCCGCUGCCAAAGAAAAGCGACUUCUUAACCAGAAGCUUGGUAAAGUAAAGUCUUUGGGAGAUGAUGACUGGCUUGACGAUACGGUUACAUGGAUUCAGAAGUCCCGAAAGAUUCAGCAAGAGAGGGACAUGGCAGAUAGAAGGGCUAAGCUACUCCAAGAAAUGGAUGAGGAGUUUGGCAUCAGUCACCUAGUGGAAGAAGAAUUUGCCCAGUUGAAAAGGGACAGCUACACAGCUCAUGAUCUGCAUGGACUCACUGUGGAACAUGCCCUUGAUUCCUUCAGAGAAGGAGAAAACUUUAUUCUUACCCUCAAGGAUAGAGGUGUUUUAGAUGAAGAGGAUGACGUGCUUAUAAAUGUUAACUUGGUGGAUAAAGAAAAAGCCAGAAAGAAUGUUGAGCUGCGUAAGAAGAAAUUUGAUUACAAGCCAUAUGAAGAGGAGGAAUCUGUUGAUGAUAUGGUGAAUUUCCGGCACAAAUCAGUUCUUUCCAAGUAUGAUGAAGAAAUUGAAGGGGAGAAGAAGAAAAAAUUCAUGCUGGAGUCAGGAGGAACAGCAGAUGGAACAUGGGAGAAAGAGCUUCAGCAAAUCCGGGAAAAUCUUCGAAACAGAGCCCAAAAUCUUGAAAUGCCCAAACUGAAGAUGGCUUCUGAGUUUUAUACUGAAGAAGAAAUGGAAACUACAUUUAAGAAGACAAAGAGGAGAGUAAAGAAAAUUCGAAAAAAGAUACCUAAAGUAAAAGCUGAUGACUUGUUAAAAUUAGGUGAUGCAUCUUCUCAUGCUGAUUAUGGAUCCAGGAAAAGAGGACGAGGCAGAAGGCAUAGCUCUGAUGAGGAAGAUUACCACACAGAGGAUCGAAAACCAAAUGCUGAAGGAAAUAUCCCUUUUUUUGAACAACCAGAGUCAGAUGAUAUGGAUAUCAGUGAAGAUGAGGAAGCAAAAGGUCCUGACUUCCCAGUUGUAAUUGAAGAAGAUGAGGCAGAACUAGAGCUACAGAAGCAGUUGGCAAAAGGGAGAAAACUGAAACAGAAGCAACAACUGAAGGAUUCUGGAGAAAAAGUUGUCAACAUUGUAAAGAAGCUAAUGCCAAAAGGUGAUGAAGAGCCUGAAGAUGUUGAAAGUAAAGGUGCCAUUGUCUUUAAUGCUACUUCAGAAUUUUGUCGAACACUUGGUGAAAUCCCUACAUAUGGAUUGUCUGGAAACCGUGAAGAACAAGAUGAGUACAUGAACAUUGACCAAGAUGAUGACAAAUCCAGCAAUGGUGAUUCUGAAUCAGAAACAGAGGAGAACUUGGGCUGGAGUACUGUUAACCUGGAUGAAGAAAAGAAGGAGCCAGAAUUUGCCACUUCCUCCACUACAAUUCUGGAUGAAGAGCCGAUAGUAAAUAAAGGCCUGUCAGCUGCUCUCCACCUAUGUCAAAACAAAGGCUUGCUUGACACAAAAGUACAGAAGGUGGCAAGAGUGAAAGCACCAAACAAGUCCUUACCUUCAACUGUGUACUGCAUCGAGGAUAAAAUGGCAAUAGAUGAUAAGUACAGCCGGAGAGAAGAGUACAGGGGAUUUACCCAGGAGUUCAAAGAAAAGGACAACUACAAACCAGAUGUGAAGAUUUCAUAUGUGGAUGACUCAGGAAGAGUGCUCACGCCAAAGGAGGCAUUCAGGCAAUUGUCGCAUCGAUUCCAUGGCAAAGGAUCUGGAAAAAUGAAAACUGAAAAACGCAUGAAAAAACUAGAGGAAGAAGCACUGCUGAAGAAGAUGAGUUCCAGUGAUACACCUCUGGGCACUGUAGCCUUGCUGCAGGAGAAGCAGAAAUCUCAAAAGACACCUUAUAUCAUAUUAAGUGGCAGUGGCAAGAGCAUGACUGCAAAUACCAUCACCAAGUAAUUUAUUGAAGGUUGCCAUCAAGAGAACAGAGAAUGGAGAGAUUUUUCUUGUUUUCGUGGAUUUCAAAAAUGAAGUCAGAAAUUAUGCUAAUGACAGUUGUACAGAGUUGCAAAGUGUGAGCAGCAAGACUUUGUACACUGAUACAGCCUUCACACCGCCACAGAAGAAAAUCCAGAAAACACUGCAGAUCACUUGUAACAUGGAGUUUUAAUAGCAUGUGUUUGUAACCUGAUGGUUCAGAACAGAGCUAUUGACACAGACUGUAGACUUGCAUAAUAAAUCAUUCCAUCUCCUAGCAACUUUGAGGAAAUGUCUUUAGUUUUAUACUACUAAAUUACCAUUUGGCGCAAAUCCUGUAUGAUCUGUUCCAUAAAAUGGUUGAAGAAAGAACUGUCUGUCAAAAACUAAAACUGACAUUAUGCAGUGUUAUAGGUCCACUGUUGAGAAAUUAAUUUUUUUUUUUUUUUUUUAGAUGUAAUUGUGUUUUUAUGCCUUUUUAUGCAACUUUACAUUUUAGAAAGAUUAAGAACCCUUUUUUCCUCACUGGUUUCCUUUUAAAACCUCAUGAAUUGCCCAGUCAGACUGGAUUCAGUCGAUUACCUUUCCUUAGUGUUUUAUAGGGCAUCAGGUAGCCACAUCGUAUUUUCCCCUGCUUUGUUUGAAGAGCCCCUAUUUGAAAGCUACACACCAGCAGAAUGGAAGUAUACAUUGUGCAAGGUACAGUAUCCCAGAGCAGGAUGCCUUUUAUUCAUUGUCAUAAAGAAGGCUUGUUUAAGAAGAUCUGCGUUUCCUUUUAGUACAGAUCCCCACUGCUGAAGCUUUCUACCUUGGUAGACUCAGACUUGUUUCAGGAUUUGGUUAAUUUGUACUCUCUUUUUGGAGGGAGGUCAGAUUUUUCUUAUAUGAUGUAAUAUAUAAGGUUCACUUUUGACUGAAUCUUUACUUUUGAUGUAAAUAUAAUUAUAUGCCCGUAAAAUAUUAAAACCUGUUUUUCAA